CUGCUUCACCGCGGGCCUCUUCUGUGCGGCGCUGGCCCGGCCAAUUCCCGCUCUUUUCUUAUAUCCUCCCCGUAUACCCUGUCCGGCUGUCCUUCCUCCCUCCCACCCGCCCAUUUGCUUCCACACGCCUCACUGCGAGGGCCGCAUGUUUGGCUCCGACGUCAAUCCCCUACGCCUGGCAGCCCCCUCACCGUCACCACACGACCACACGGCCACACUACCGCACUGCCAUUGCCGGCCUCCCCGCCCACGCCCUGCAAGAGCAUCCGCCGUGCGCCGGCCGAGCUGUAGCGCGCCAUGGACGACUGGACGGCCAAGCAGCUCCCUGAGCGCCUCCCUUUCUCCAAGAAGCGCCUCUCCAAAAAGGUCAUCUUCUCCUAUGUUGUAGAUUACCUCAUCAUCAUCGUCUUGAUGCUCAUCUUUGCCGUUGUCGACAAGAUCGCCCCCUUCCACCAGCCCUUCUCGCUCGACAACUACACUCUCCACUACCCCUUUGCCGAACAUGAGCGCGUCCCGGUUGCCUGGCUGUGCGUCUAUGUCGUCUUCGCGCCCGCCGUCAUCAUCGCCUUCUACACCAUGGUCAUCGAUGGCCUCUUCUCGCACCAGACCGCCACCCCCGCCAACAGAACCGGCCUCAAGCGCCUCUCGGGGAGGUACCGGUUCAAGGACAGGCUGUGGGAGCUGAACUGCGGCAUACUUGGCCUGGGCCUGAGUAUCGGUGCUGCCUUUACCAUUACCGGUGCGCUGAAGAAUGCGAUUGGAAAGCCCCGGCCAGACCUCAUCAGCCGAUGCCGAGUAGACCAGUCCAAGAUCAACAAGACCCUCUACGCCCUGCAGACGAUUGACAUUUGCACGCAGACGGACAACUACAUUCUGCAGGAUGGCUUCAAGAGCUUUCCCUCUGGACACAGCAGCGUUUCCUUUGCCGGUCUGUUCUACCUGUCCAUCUACCUUGCUGGAAAACUGCACGUGCUGGACGCCAAGGGUGAAGUGUGGAGGACUUUUAUUGUCAUGGUUCCCACCCUCGGCGCUGCCCUCAUCACGGGAACCCGUAUCAUGGAUGCGCGCCACCACCCAUUCGAUGUCUUGUCGGGGGCGCUGCUCGGCAUACUCGUGUCAUGGGGCUCUUACCGACAAUACUUUCCUCCUGUGUCUGAGACGUGGCGCAAGGGACGAGCGUACCCCAUUCGCGCCUGGGGCAAGGCAUCACGCACACCGCCUCAUCAGGCUACUUUGGGCGAGGAAGCCAUGGAACCGCUACAGGAAAUCAGGAAGCCGGUGGAUGAGGAGCGCGGGGAAGCGUCAGGCUAUUCGGCUGCUCCGGCAGUUCCCGGCGAUAUUGGAAGCAAUGUCUUUCGCCAGCAAAUCCACAACUCGCAGCGAAGACGGCAGGAAUCCGGGUCUCAGUAUGGAGUGAAUCGAAGCGACACAGCCGCAUCGAGCAACUACCGCACCGAAACCAUGACUUCUGGUAUUUCGUCAAAAGUCAACCGGUAUACCAACCAGCUGCCAGCCACGAAUCCUUUCGCCGGAGAUGUUGCACGCCAGCGCCAGAUGGAUACCUAUGAGUAUUCGUCUUCAGAAGAUGACGACCACUACGAGCUUCGUGCGAGGAACGGCGUCUACAAUCCUGUAUCGGGCAGGCUUACGGAUACAGGGUACCAUCCGCCUGCGAGCAUUUCACCCGCUCCUACGCCGCCACCUCACCCGCUCAGUACCACCAUCAUCUCGAACCAAGAGACAGUCAUGUCUCCUACGGGCGAUCUGGCAGACAGGAGAGAUAUUGCGCCCAUGCCUCCGCCACAUGCUCCAAGCACCGUGCCCCAGCAAAUAUGAAGUGGAGUGGACCUGUACGAUUAGAUGUGAUCGACGCUCUUUUAACACCAAGAAUGGCGCUUCUGGAAAUGCCCGCAUCGCCGUUCCCCGGCAGUAUUUUCGGCGCUCUGGUAAGCAUAUGAGGAUGUUGCAGUUUGCGAUGCUGUUACGGUUAAGAGGAGCGUCAUGUACUGCGCCUUGCCCAGGGCAAAGGAGUUGUGUGGACUUGGGAUCACGACGGGAACUUGAUUCCCGGAGCAAAAACGGCGCGAGGGACUGGCUGCAUAAUAGUGCAUUAAAUUUCACCCGUAACUUGACCG